AUGCCCUUCAGACCAACACUCGCCCUUUGCAAAGGGAAAAAUGCUGCCCCUUCUUCCAAAUUCUGGCUCUCGCGCCAUUUUGAUGACCCAUAUGUCCGACAACGUCUUUCGAACCCAGAGAACUACCGGUCACGCUCUGCCUUCAAGCUAUUAGAGAUUGACGACAAGUAUUCACGCUUCUUGCGCCGCUCUGAUGUACAUGCGGUGGUUGAUCUGGGAGCCGCUCCUGGAGGUUGGAGCCAGGUCAUCGCAGGGUUUAUGGGCUGGUCUGAUGGACAUAACGCAGAAGCGUCAAGUCCAUGGGAUGUGGGAAGCAGUCCGCGUGUGGAUGAUGCCGCAGACAAGUGGGGGCUGAAACGGAUCGAAGAGGUCGAGCUUCAGGCGGAUGGAUCGUGGAGUACCGGAGAGGCUUAUGCUCUGCCAGAGGAGACGAGAGGUACAGAGAGUACGGGCCGGGGGGUGGUAGUCGCUAUCGACAAGCUGCGCAUGCAGCCAAUUCCGGGUGUGCACUCUAUGCAGUUGGACUUCCUAUCGCCAGAAGCCGGAUCUCUUGUUCAGGAAAUCCUCAAGGCGAAGGCGAACAAGGAAGGCAAGGCAGAUGUCAUCUUGUCGGAUAUGGCUGCGAACAUGUCCGGUAAUAAAAUUCGAGAUACCCAGGCCAGUCUGGACAUCUGUGAAGCGGUAUGGGCGUUUGCUAGUCAGCAUCUGAGAACGGCGGAGAGCAUAGGAAGAAAACGUGGUGGCGUGCUUUUAUUGAAACAUUUUGCACAUCCGAUCCUACAGGAGUUCCGACAAGUGUAUCUGAACCCUAAUUUCCACGAUGUGCUCUAUAUCAAGCCUGGUGCGAGCCGAGCCGAAUCCAGUGAAGGUUACUGGCUAUGCAUGGGCUUCAAAGGGUACAAGGAAGUGUCAGCUCUAGUUGCAGCUGCCUGA